GGUGCUUCUGGGGUUGUUUCUUUUGUCUCUUUUUUUUCGGGGAAAUAUGUUCAACUAAGUGGCAGAGGCGUUUUAAUUGAAUUGAAAGGCACUGAUUCGAGUCUUGACGCACUGCCCAGAACUGUUUGUAUCCUUAAAAUGGACUUGGAUGAGCUGCCGUGGCGGAUGCAAGGGAGCUCACAGAGACACCACAGAGACUAUAACGACAGCAACUGAGACUCCUGGAGAGCUAAUCCCAGCAUGGCCUCGGCCCCGGACAGCGGCUGCUCCAUGGAGCUGAGCGGUUGGAACAGUAGCGUGAGCGGCUCUGGAGCCUCCGUCCCCUGCAACCAGAGCGUCCUGAAGCUCGGCCCUUACUCCCCCGAAGCCACGGCGGCCUUCGCCACCGCCAUCACGUUGAUGGUUCUCUUCACCAUCGCGGGCAACAUUAUGGUCAUCAUCGCUGUGCUGACCAGUCGGUUGCUGCGAGGUCCGCAGAAUCUUUUCUUAGUGUCACUGGCCGCUGCGGACAUUUUAGUGGCCACCCUCAUCAUCCCCUUCUCCCUGGCUAAUGAACUUCUUGGUUACUGGUACUUCAAGUCCCUGUGGUGUGAGAUCUACCUGGCGCUGGACGUGCUCUUCUGCACCUCCUCCAUUGUGCACCUGUGCGCCAUCUCACUGGACCGCUACCUCUCCAUUUCCAGAGUGACUUACGGGCGUCAGCGCACGCCCAGACGCAUCAAAGCCGCUAUAGUGGUGGUGUGGCUGAUCUCUGCCAUCAUCUCUUUCCCUCCCCUCCUCUCUCUGAACAAAAGCGAGGCAGGCAGCAGUGGGAGCGAGAGAGGACCACAGUGCCAGCUCAAUGAUGAACGCUGGUACAUCCUUUACUCCACCAUUGGCUCCUUCUUCGCGCCAUGCGUCAUCAUGAUCCUGGUCUACAUUAGAAUCUACCAAAUAGCCAAACAGAGGACACGCUGCCCCCCUGGGGAGCCCAGGAAGGAUGGCGUUGGUGGUGCCACGCCAAGUCAGCCUCCACGUCAUGAGCAAGCCAAUGGGAAGGAGGAUGAGGACAGCACGCCACCUUCAUCCAACAAAACCUCCAGUGUCAGACCCCCAACCCUUGCUAUCUCCCAUUCUCCCACACUGGUAGAGUCUCAAACCUCCCAGAAUCCUACAUCCAAUAAGCUCCUGCAACCUCCGCCCCCUUCUACAGCAGUGAGCCCAGUCACUGACAAAUCUCCUCACAGUCCCUCACCUACCUCCCCUGUGCCUCAGUCUGCCCCUGCCAACACCAAAGAGGAGAGGAGGAAGGGGAAGAAAGAGGGAGGGAAAAAAGCUGACAAUAACAAUGGCGAUAGCUCCAGUUCAGAUAGUGAGAUGGAGCACAGCAAUGGAAGAGGUCGGGGCAGCUCCAGCGUGCCAGGAUCACCUGCUGGAGGAGGGGUCCACUCCCCAGCCUCGGUCAAGCGGUACCGGGACAUGCUUGCCACUUCAAAGGGGGCUCGGCUGGCAGCAAGGUCGAAAACAGACAAUAACCCCGGAGCAGCAAGGCGUAAAGCGAUGGUCAACAGAGAGAAACGCUUCACCUUUGUCCUGGCAGUGGUCAUCGGAGUGUUUGUGGUGUGCUGGUUCCCCUUCUUCUUCUCCUACUCCCUACAGGCAGUGUGUCCGGAGACCUGUGCCAUCCCCGAACCACUUUUCACGUUUUUCUUCUGGAUCGGCUAUUGUAACUCCUCGCUCAACCCAGUCAUAUACACCAUCUUCAACAAAGACUUCAGGCAGGCCUUCAAAAAAAUACUGUGCAGUGGCACCAAGGGGACUUUCUUCUAGCUUACACAUUAUGCCCAUGUCCAUUAUUGGACAACAACAAUAUUUACAAUUUUUCAGAACACUGAAAGGUCUUUAAAAGAUGUUUAAGUGUGGAAAUGACAACAUAAAAAAUUAGAAUUGAUCACUCCUUUUUUACAGCCAGUGAGUGUGUGUGUGUGUGUGUGUGUGUAAAAAAACAACUUAAACUGUGAACAGCUUGCAUCAAAAACACACAACCACAGUUUUCCAGGGUGUGGCAGAAAACAGAACAGUGGACAGAGGCAGAGCUCGUCUUCACCAGUACUAUACACUUUUGAAUGUUUCAACUCCCGAUCACACUCAAUAAUAGAUGAUUAGGAGACAGAGCGGUGCGACGGCAUCAAAGAAACACACGACGCAUUGUAACUUUAGAGGGUUUUGAUGAAUGUGGGGAAACUUUUAGAACCCACUCUGGAAUAAGGGUCUUUAUUGUAUAGUAUAUCAUGUUUUUAUUAUUUCAGACUCCAGGACUAAUGGGGAAAGAAAACUAGCAAAUAAAAUACAUAAAUAAAUAAAAGUGACCUAAGAUUCCUUUGAGCCUAGGGCCCUUUAUUUAUCAGUACAGAGCACAAGGUUAGUGGGGUUUUCUUUCAUCUGGAGUCCAAAUUUGCCCAGCUGCGGGGCAAACAUGUGUUUCCCGAUUUUUAUCUGAAAGCGCAACAACAAGCCGAGGUUUCUGAUGAUCUCCAAGGUAAUAACACUGGCAAGUGAACUAAGUGAACAGAAGAAUGCCUUCAUGUCAGACUCCAUGCUGACUUGGCCAAGGGGCAUAGUGGACACUCAGGUUGUUUGUAAUAACACACAUUGGCUCUCGCCUAUCAUAAGCUGAAUAAGCUGCAGCAUGAUGGAUGGAUUCUGGACUCAAACCAUGUGAACAUUGUUGAGACAUAAAGUAAGACAGUGUGAUCCCUCUGCUGCUCCUCCUCCUCCUCCUCCUCCUCCUCUUUGCCGUUUCCUGUUUCCUGCCUUCUUGACUUAAGCGUGACAGUCCCACUCGCCUGACUCGAUUCUUCCCAAUGACCUGCGUCAGUAAUUGGACAUUUGUUCACAUUCACUGCUUUGAGCCGCUUGAAAUUGCUUUAUACCAGGUAGAUAUUUAUUAACUGUGAAGGACAGAUGACCAAUGCAAUUAUGGAUGUGAAAUGUUGCCCCUAAUUACGCAGGUUUUUUUUUUUUUUUUCUGAAAACACAUUUGGCUGAGUCAUUCUUAAGCAACACCUCUGGCACAUCACUGCCUGCGGUGGACCUCUCCAUCGCACAUUUGUUCAUUGCUGAGAGGCGAGAGGAUGAAUGGUCCAUGUCUUUUUCUCAAGGAGAGACUGAGGCGCUCUCAGUUUUCUUGACAAAAAAAAAAGAAAAAAUGUGUCUGUGACUCUAAACAGCACACACGUUUAUUGACUCAGUGGGACAAGGGGCUGUCGGCAGCGACAUUUCAAUUUACCGAAUGUCUAAUUCUGCUGAUACCGUAUGUGUGAGUUUGCGUUUGAUGUGUGCAUUGACUUUAAUGUGUACUUGGUUUUUUUUUCUCUCUGUAGAAAGUGUCAGUGCCUCGUUUGGCCGCUACAGAUCUACUGUAAUAUUAAUAUGACCAUGAGACCAGAUUACCUGGGGCAAGCAACGCUUUUGUGUCUUACGCGUGGAUGUUUCACUGGAGAGAUGGUUUAAUCCCUGCAUUGUGAGGUUCACUGAGCUGAUUAUAUCGGUGAUAUCAAUCAAGAACACAGCUUUUUAGUGAUCACCUUUUAAGGGACCAUAGGACGGAUCCAGUGAUAUUGGCUGUUUUUUUCUUCGAAUGAAAUAUUACUUUAUAUUUAGUGUACGUGAUGGGAGGCAACAAUCGAAAACACUGCAUUAUUUAUUACAGACUAUUCUGUGUUUUCUGUCUGUUUUUCUAUUUAACGUUCAAUUUUCUCUUUUAUUGUGAAAGUCUAGCGAAUUGAAGCUUCUCAAGGAGCAACGAACACUGUACAGACUUUUAAUAUGCUGAAUGAGAGCAAAAUCAAUCCUCUUGUGGGAUACAAGCUCUUGCUUUUUGCGGGACUGAGCUGUGUUUGAGUUUGGGCGGGACGGGAGUAUUUGUGUUGGAACUGAAGUAACAUUAACAUGUGAGAAGCCAACAUUUGUCAUCACCGUUUCAUCUGAAGUGUGCAGUGAAGGACACAAGCACAUUAACGGAUGUAUACCGCAGCUGGAACAUGUUUCUCCAUCAGUGUCGGACCCCUUCCUGAAAAAGGCUUCGACCAUGGCCAUGUCAAUACCAUCCGUCACUCUCUGUUGGAGGAUAUGCAGGGUUUGUGCAUUAUAUUAUGGCUACGAUCCAUACACCACUGUGCUACUGGGAGAGUCAAAUAACUGAUUAAAUGGCUGAGGUCUGUUCCCUGCUCUCAACUAAAAUUAUUAUUCUUCGCCCGCAACAGUACAAUCGGCUAUGGCAACACAGUUAUAACAGAAAUAGCCACAGAGGUCACGGUUCAUGGCUGCUUCCAAUAACCCAGUAGUAAUUCUGUUUGAACCUCCCCGACCAUGGUUUAUGUUGUCAGAAUGCAGCUUUUGCUUGUUUAAAAAAAAAAAAAAGUAUGUAUUGUGGCUUAUAGGAAACAGAUGCAGUAAUCUGCCUCCUCAUCACCAUCCUUUUUCCUCUGUAUUGACUCUUCCCCCGACUGUGUGUGUGCGGGCCAAACGGCAUGGUCUCAGAUACACAAUCUUUUAUACCGCCCCAUCUGUCAUCAUCCCUUCUCAGUUUGGAAAUAAAGCUACUUGAAAGAG